AAGUUGAAGGAAAGGAAGUACGAGAUCUAGACCAUAUGGUGGGCUGUUGGAGGAAAGGAGGUGCCGACAUCCUCUCGCAUAAUGACCAAAGGGCCGUUGUUGAGCACAUUUCACCGGUUGGGACGAAACGAACCUCCCGGAAACUUUCUUCUCCCCGUUAGGGCUGGGUAGAGAGAGAACACUGAGCCACCCUCGUUCCUCUGCAGUUCGUCCCCAAUCUGUCUCCAGCGCUCUGGAGAUCUCCGUGAGAGGCGCGUCGCUCCUCCUAUGUCAUCUUCUCCUCUUCUGAUUUUGAGGCCGAGUCGGAGUGCGUAGUAAUCUCGUCUGCAGCAGCGAACCCUUCCUGAUGUUCGCCAAAUCAGUCAAAAUGUAUACAGCAAGGAGGAAAAUUCAGAAAAACAAGGGUGUUGAUCCUUCUGUGUUUGAGCCUUGAGGAGACAGUUGCACGGGUUAAGAAUGUGAACUGUGUGGCUACUUUAAGGCAUGACUUGAAGCAUUCUAUCUAUCAGCUGUAACCAUUUCUCACCUUGCUGCUUUUUUUUACCUUCACAACACCAACCAGGAACUGAAAAGUGAUCUGAUCUGUUCAUCAACUCAGCUGCGUAAGGACUUCAUGUUUGUCUCUGCUAUAUCCUUGAUGAAGGCAUUUUUACUGGUAUCAAGUUACAAAAUUCUCAUCUUCAUGUGGAAUAGCACCCGCGUGGCCUUCACAAGGAACAGGUUUGGAGGAUCCGUGAAUAAGAUAAAGCAGGUCAGAGUCAAGGCAGAAAGACACAGACGAGGAAGGAGGGGUGCAUUACCUGAUCACUUCCUUCACUUCCUUAUUCUGCGGAGACAUUCUCUGGCCUUGUCUAUGGCCGCAUCAGCACCAUCCAUCCACCCAUCACUGUCAUCAUCGCCACCACCACCACUGUUGCUGCAUUCGCAAGCCCGUCCCUCAAUGACGAUCAACUCAGCGCCCAUUUCCCUACCAACGUCAAUGGAGUUGCUCUUUCUCGCGAUUCUGUAGGAGGACGAUUCUGUCAAGCAAAAUGUGGGAAAGUACUGGGACUUUCCCCAUUAAUUCUUGCCUUGAAAGGCCGAGGGCCUCAUCGACUUCCCAACAUCGCUGACGAGAACACAAACGAGGAUUGUGAGAUCAAGAUCAGCAUCAAGGGUGAGGACGAGAUCGGGAGAUGGACCAAGGAGGCGUUCGUCGCCACUGGAAUGCCAUCUUGCUCGACAAAGUGAAGGAGUACGUGAAGGCGAUGAAGAAGCAAGCACCAAAGAAGGAAGGUUUUGAUUAUCUGUCGUUGUUUCUAGUUGUUUUUUUUUUUUUCCGUUAAUGAUAACAUCGGCAAUUAACUGUAUGAAUGGUCUAAACUUGUAGCCUGUAGGUGCUUUCACUUUCUUUUUUUGCUCUGGAAGGCAAAUAAAAUUGUCUGAAAUGCUGCUAAGGUAAGGGCCAUAUGCAAAUGAUUGGUAGACAUUAUUUGUUUGUUUAUUUCUCAAUUCUAUGCUUUGAUAGUUUUAUGCUGAAUUGCUGGAAUAAGUAAUGGAUGAAACUAACAAUUAGCUUUGAUUGUUUUUCUAGUCUGUGUCUGGUGUAUGGCAUUUUCACUGCAAUGCACCAAUACCUAGAACUACCACUCUUCCAUGUAAAAAAAGUCUGUCAAUACCUAGACCUACCACUCUUCCAUGUAAAAGUCUGCCAGGUAAGCAGUCUCCAUUCUAUUGCUUUUGCAUUAUAUUAAUUUAUUUCUGUGGAUUUACGAUGGUAAUUUGUUUCUUUUUUACUUCACUUGGGGUAAUGGCUUUUUGACUAAUAGGAUAUGAGUUUAAUAGGUUGUUUCUUCAGUGUUUUCUGCCAGAUUUAAUUUUCUUUGAGAGGUGCUGCCAACAAUUUAAUUAUGUUCGGCUUGUUAUGUGAGAUCUUCAAGCAUGACUUGUUAUUUGAUUGGAUUUUGUUUAUGAUUAGGACUGAAUACAGAUCAGUGAUGAACUAUAACGGGUUACUGUGGAAAAAACGCCCGUAUCACACGUCGCUGGCACGGCGCCAGAGCGCAAGAGAUGGAUUAACCUCUUCUGCUAUAUUAGCGCAAGAGAUGGCUCAAUCUCUGCAGCUUCACCCUUUUUGUCAUAUAAUACAGCUAUGGCGCUUUGACUUCUGGUGCCAGAGAGACACUGAUGAGCUCAGCUACAGGAAGAUUGGUAUACCAAAAGGAAAAAUAUUUAUUAUAAAGCCCAAGGGUGAAGUGGCCAUUGAUAAUUGCGUUGAUUCAAGGUCAUAUUGUUCUUUGCAUACGCUAGUGAAUGAUAUGUUCCCCCCAACGUCUCCGGAGCAGCCUGCAGGAAGGAGGUCGGAGACUCGGAAGAAAAGAGGAAGGAGGUCGGAGACUCGGAAGAAAAGAGGAAGGAGGUCGGAGACUCGGAAGAAAAGAGGAGAGAGUCAGAACUCGCAGCACGGCAGCAGCGGGUUCGAUGUUGGUUGAUCGACAGGGCCAAGAUGGUCUCUGAACCUGCCAUCAACAGCUUUGAGGUCGAGACCGGUGGUUUUAUCAGCAUCUUCUUCCUCUGCUUUUGUCAUGGUGCCGGGCCAUUCCUAGUUACCGUGUAAGAUCAUCGAGUCAAUGACUAAAUAGGAGGAGAAAAAUGUUGUUUACUGAAGCCGUGGGACGAUGAAGGCCUCACUGCUAGAUUCUGUUCAUAUUCUAAUGAUUUCUCCUGCGCAGCAGCACAGGCAUUUAUUCAUUGCAGUACAGCUACAGUUUUUUUUGUUGUGAGGUCUGAACCCAAGGGUUUUCGCCCUUGCGAUCGUGGAAGGAUGCUUUUUUUUGUUG